CCUCCAUUCCUUCCUCCAACAGUUUAUGAAUGAAACCCUUUCACACGUCUGACUGGUUUCAUACUACAUAAAAAAGGAAGAGGGUGAAAAGGAGAAGCAGCAAAUUUCUUGAAUCUUGAAACUUUCCUUGGUGUGGUCAUACAGCUUUUCCUUUUCCCUUUUAUCAACCACCAAACCCGCAAAAAAAAAAUCCUUUAUUUUCCUUCCUCCAAACAUUUUCCACCAAACUGAUUCAUCUAUUUUGUUAAGACACUAGUUACACUAAAAUGCUAUCAGAGCAAAAUGAAAACUUUACAACCCCAGUCCCUGGUGGUGGUAGAGGCGGCGGCUGCCCACCAGUCGGUAUUCAACUGGAGGGUGUGAUCCUGCCCCCAGUCCUCACCAUUGAUGUCAUACUGGGGCUGCUGGGAAACAUAGUGGCCCUGUGGAUCUUCUGCUUUAAGCUGAAGACCUGGAACCCCAACAACCUGUUCCUCUUCAACCUGGUCAUCGCUGACUUCUUCGCUCUAGUGAGUCUGCCACUGAGGAUCGAUGCCUUGCUCAGGGGCCACUGGGUGUUUGGAGACGGUUUGUGCCGGAUCAACCUCUUCCUGAUGUUUUCCAACCGCUCGGCCAGCAUUGCACUAAUGACCGUGGUGGCAAUUUACCGCUACUUUAAGGUGGUCCACCCUCACCACCGGUUCAACCGUAUGACCAAGCGGCAGGCUGCGUACGUGUCCGUGUUUGUCUGGCUGCUGGUGAUCAGUCCUCGGGUUCCCAUGCUGGCUUACAGCCACAUCAAGGGUAGUGGCAACAGGACCCAGUGCUUCUUCUUCACUUCCUACAAAGAGGCGUCCCGCGCCAUCAUCAUCCUCGUCGGCAUGCACCGGAUCCUGACGGUGCUGGAGUUCAUCAUCCCACUGGCCAUGCUGCUGUUCUGCUCCAUCCGCAUCUCCAGCUUCCUGAAGGAGCGGCAGAUGGGCAAAUCUGACAAAGUGCGCAAGGCGAUGCGAGUGUGUGCCGCCAUCGUCACAGUGUUCAUGGUGUGCUUCUUGCCCACCACGGUGACGACCAUCGGGGUGUGGGUGGUCCGCUCGUAUCGCCCGUGGGACUGCACCGCCUUCUACACCUUCACCCAGCUCACCAUCGUAUCUUUGGGGCUGAACUUCCUUAACUCGGCCCUGGACCCCAUCGUCUACGUCUUCUCCAGCUCCAUGUUCAGGAAGGCCCUCUGCAGCUCCCUGCCCCGCGCCCUUCGCUGCGGUCAGGAUGCCGGUGACGGCGAGAACACGGGGUCCUCGUCUGGAACUGAGUCAACCACCCAGCAGGAACUGAAAUCCAUGAGGGCCGACAGACGGAGUGAAGCCAUGUGAUAAGCUUUUCCUCCGGAACAAUGACUGGAUCAAGAGUUUAUACCUGCUCUAAUUUCCUUGAAAUUUUGAAUAUGUAGCUUUGAGUUACGUCUGCUUGUUUUGUCUUUUUUAGUUGUUUUUUGAUGCUGUUAACGUUGUGAUUACAUCCUGUAAACACAUCAGUGCAUUUUCAGUUAUGAUCAUUUGUUGCAUAUGCAUGUAAAUAUAGUUAAAACUUGUUAUGCUAAACAAAUUACAAAUGUGGGCUUUAAUUAUAUGUAUUUAUUGAUCCUCUUUAACUCUGGAUUUGCUACUAAAAUUUUCCCUCAUGUUGAAGACUUUAGAAAAUUGCACCCUGUCUUAAAGUCUCACAUACAUAUUGCAAAUCAGCUUGUUCCAGCUCGUCAUUGGAGCCUCAUGAUGUUUACACUGAGUAAGAUACUCAAACCCAAACUCCACCUCAUUCCUUCAGUCUGAAUUAUUAUAAAUGUCACACAUUUAUACAAAAUUCAUCCUGAAGUGUUUGGUGUCUUCUUUAAGACCUCUAGUAGAAAUAUAAAGCUCCGUGGGGUUGGGGUUGUGAGUUCAGCUGAGUUUCAGAGGUUUAAACGAGGCAGGAUUCACUGAGAAAAUGGCCAAGGAAGCUGCAACGAGUCAAACAGAAGAGAAAACCAAACCAACAACAAGCAGCAUUUUUAGGCUCGGUUAACACAGAAAAGCCAGAAUGUCAAAUUUGAAUCCAAACUAAAGUGUCAAGGCCUCCUAAUGACCCUCUGCUUAUUAGCUCACUGUAGGUGGGGAUGGAUAAUGUGCACCAUCUCGUGGACAGAUCAUUAACUACAUCAGCUGAUCUGGGAUUUCUUCCUCCGGUUUCCUACAUCUCGGACUAGUCUGAAGACACGCUGAUGAUGCAUCCUUAGACCACAUGGACCCAGACAGCCGGGGGUGACGCAGGCUAGUCCUCACCAUUUUAAUGGUCCCUUUACAUACGGUAAAGGCUGGUGG